CUCAACAUGGCGGACACAGGGGGAACUCGUCGAGAUGUUUCGACCGGUUCUACUCCCCAAAGACCUGUUCCCAUGAAAUUGUUUGCCACUUGGGAAGUCGAGAGAACGUCGCCAAAUUGUGUACCGCGGUUGUGUACAAUGACCUUGACUCGACUGGAGCUGUUGAAACCCUUAGAGCCAAGUCUGACUGAAGUUAUCAUUUCAGUCUCAAUGCAGAGCUCCCGCAGAACACUAAGGUCCAAUGAGAUAGUUCUUCCAUCCUCUGGUUUGAUUGACACCGAUUUGGAUCUAUCCUUUUCUCUGCAGUAUCCACACUUUUUGAAGAGAGCUGGUAACAAUCUUCAAGUUAUGCUUCAACGACGAAAGAAGUACAAGAAUCGCACAAUUCUUGGCUUUAAAACACUAGCUGUGGGCCUUGUUAACAUGGGACAGGUUCUCCAACAUUCCGUGGACAAUCAACUAAAGUUGUACAUGAAAGGAAGUCUUGUUCCCGUGGCCCAGGUUACUGUUAAUUCCCUAACCAGUCAACCAGUUGAAACAGAUGGAAACCGACUAACUGGAUCGUUAGUUAGAGGUGAUGGUGAUGACAAUUCUAGUGAUGAUGAUGAUGACUUCUCACUGUCUGACCAGGAAGGAAGUGAUAGUGGUGGAGAUGCUGCUAUUUUAGAUGUGGAACAGAGACAAGGCGGGAAAAUAAGACAUGGAAAAAUAACUAUUCCUGCAAAGCACCAAAAGAAUUUUAAACAAAAGUUUAUAGCACUCUUAAAGAAGUUUAAAGUUCCAGAAGAAGAAUUUGAAAGUGAAAUGGGAACAUACCCAGAUAUUGACAUCAGUCCUCCAGAAAAUGAAACUGCUGAUGAUUUCCUUUUUCCUGACGAUCUGGAGGACUUGGACAGUGAUGCAGAAAAUGACUUUCUUGAAGACACCAUUAGCAUUGUGUCAACACCUAAACCAUCUUUAAGACCUUACUUUGAUCCCAGAAGUUCAACUGAAAAUGUGCCAAGUCAUUCUUUGAGUGAUCAAGGAAACAUUCACUGUCCACAAUUCUCUAUUCAAGUGGAAGGAGAAGACUUGCAGCCAGAUUAUGAAAUGGAUGUGAGUCCCCACUCUGAUGGAGAUAACCUGUCAGACAUCACAAACUCAUCUGACCCCUUAUCAGGGUCUGGCGGUGUUGAUGACACACCCUCAGUACGGCGCAGUGUGUCAUUCAAGGAAAGAAGAAAAACAGAAGAGCCAGACACCUUAACAAAAAGGAGAAAUAGUGAUAUUGACCUGCAGCUACCCAGAGGCACCUUGAAUGAACAACUUAGCAAUGUACUGUCAGGAGAUACUGCCAUUCCUGAAUGCAUUCUGUUGAUCAGUACUUCUGAGUGGCAGGGCCAGCUUUUGGCAUUGAAGCUCUGUGGGAAAGCUGUGAAGAUGGUCUGUACAAGAUCCAGUGCUGAUGUGCAGGCUGUUUUUCUAGCCAUCAUCAAUAGAUACCAGAAAUUUAUUAAUACUCAUUCAGCUUCCCCGCCUCAGCUGGGUGUGGCCAUUGCAGGCACAGAGUCGUAUCUUAGUGCUGUUGUUCAGCCGUAUGUGGAACACUUUUCAUCCAAGCCACCAGACUGGCAGACCUUCCUUCGGUUUCUCCUUAUUCCUCUUGAUGGUCAACCGCUGGCUAGGCACAUUGGAGGACUAGAUGCACGGUACCACUCACUUUUUAUGGAUAACUUUUGGAAAGAGGCUUUUGAGCAUUCAGACACUGAUAUUGAUUUCGAGGAAGUGAGCAGGCGAGUAGAAAAUUUGAUGUCAACAGCUACAACCACGCACAACUUACCGAUUGCUGAGGCUCUUGUGAAUACAAAACCAAAGGGAUCAGAGGAAGGAUCUUCCCAAGUGUUUUUGCCUUUUGUUUGUGAUGUUAAGAUUGGAUCGGCUGACAUAUACCAAGCAGACGAGGAACCUGUUGCGACAAGUGGAAUACCAACGAGCAUUGGAGCUAAAAGUACAGGGGCUGUCUCCAGGGCUGAAAGUCAAGCUCCUGUUCCGGGAUCUUCGCAAACGCCUCCAUUCUCAACCUCUCCUUUAAGUGGACUUCAGGACAGCAGUGGAGGGAGCCUGUGCUCAAGUGAACAGAUGGAUCUUCAAGUAGACUAUUGGCUUGCGGCAGGGAAUAAAAAAGAUAUCAACAAAUCCUCGCUUAAAACAACUUUCAAAACGCUGGUGGUCACAAGACUUUCAACUCCUGAGGAAUCAUCUGCACUUUCAGUAAUGGCCGUCACCAAGGAACGCAAUAAAAGAGGACUUGAGGCAAUGAUGCGCUCCAUGAAAAAAUCAAAAGAGAAAGACACUGAUUCCAAGAACCAGCCAGUGAUGGUGAAUGUAUCCAAACUGAUCUGCACCACUAAAGGACAAAGCAGCACAUUAAAUGUUGUAAUUGACGGUGUGACGUGGACGGGGGUCAAGUUCUUUUCACUGUCAUCUCAGUGGCCUACUCAUAUUAAAAACUUUCCCAUCGGCCUGUUCGGCCGAACUGAGACCACUUGUUAACUCCGCUUUCCAACUCAAAACGACUGGAGUUUUCUUAUGCACAUGGAUUGUGCAUAGAUAAAGAUUGUGAAGGAAACAGAAGAUAUUGAAAACAUCUUCCUAUUAAAGUUAAGAAGAUUCACCAACAUCUCAGCUAGUAAUGCUUUCGAAAACGCUCUUCGUGAGGCGUCAUGUUUAGGUUAGCAAGAAGUUUUAUUGACCUUUAUUUUGUGGCAGAGUUAUAUUAGGGAUGAAAGAAAAUUCGUUAAAUCUGUCAAAAAGAGAGAAAAGUGAUAUUUGAAGUUAGAUUAUACAAAGCAACAAUAGAAAAGAACAUUUAGCAGUAAUAUUACCUGAAAUGUAUAAACUUUCAAAACGUAAUCAUCUUUAUUUUGACGUUAAUUGAUAUGAUAUGAAGUAGGAAUUUAUUUUUAAGUCGUGUUGUGCCAAGCGAUUUUGAAGGAUUAUAAAUUAUUAUAAUUAUAAAAAAUUAUUGUUAAAAAGAGUUGACAAAAUGUUUUGUGUCAUAUUAGUUUAUAAGAAAAAUUUGAAGCGAUUUCCUGCACUUAUCCACCGAAAAUUAACUCACUUCUCUUAAUUUUCUUGAAUUAUUGAAUGUCAGAGUGUGGUUAAUUUUUUUACAGUAGUAUUAUUUUGAACAUAACGAAUCUCUUGCUUUCCUUUGAAGCUUACAUUGAAAUUCAUUCAUAAUUCGCUCUGAGAACGAGUCCUUAUGUUAAGGAUUGCUGUUCAUAUUUUAUUCUGAAAUGAUAAACAACCCUCUCAUUUAUAUUCCUCAAUUUACCAUGUACAGUAACGGUCUCUCAACGAAAUUAGGAAUUAUGAAUUACAACGGUUUUGCGGAAAACGUUUAUUUUGAUGGGAUCAAAAGACAUUUCCUUUUUUAUAAUAACGAACUGAUCAAUGAUUCAAACAGUUUUAACACCGCAGAUGAUGUUGGUAAAAAUAAUUUGAAUUUGUUGUAAUUUCUUGGAAAUUAACUACCUUAAUCAGUUACUUAGCUAAGCAUUUUCCCUUAUAAUACUUGUUACGACUUGUAAACGUCUUAUCAACAAAGUACGGAAGGAGCUCUUUAAAGCUUGCUAAUAAAGUUGAUUAUUCUGCA